AUGGAAGCAUUCAAAUUCAUGUCAAUCUUGUAUAUAUCUGCAACUUUACUGUUAAUAAUAUUUGGUUCUUUCGUUUGCUGUGCUGAUAUGAACAUGAAUUGUGGCCAACAGUGUUCUAAAUCUGAUAACUUUACAGCUGAGAACGAUUUCAAGGCCAAUCUGAAGAAUCUUUUGGACCAUCUGGCUGAAAAUGGGCCUCUUUUCAGAGGUUUUUACAGCACUUCCAUUGGAGAGAGUUCGAACCAAAUCUUUGGUCUUGUACAAUGCAGAGGUGACAUUUCUGCAAUCAACUGUGGUAGUUGUAUAAGAAACUCCUCUGCUUUUGCCCUUUCGGAGUGUCCUGAGAGCAAAGAUGUUAUAAUUUGGUUUACAUGGUGUUUUCUUAGGUAUUCCACUGAUAACUUCAUUGGUGUUUUGGGUCAAACUUCUGUGGCUAUUUUUAAUGACACUAAUUAUGAUGACCCAUCUUUGGUUUCAAAUGGUUUGUCUUUAAUGAGUGGAUUGGCUUCCUCUGCCCCUAAUCAAAAUUUGAUGUUUCAAACUGAUGUGUUGGAUGCUGGGUUGAGAGGGAAGAGAUAUGGGAUGGCUCAGUGUACUAGAGAUAUCAGUGGGAGUGAUUGUGCUCAGUGCCUCAACUCUCAAUUGGAUGCCUUCAGGACAACCAUUGGGAGUAAGAAAGAUUGGGAAGUUUAUGGAUUCAAUUGCUUUAUGUGGUAUCAUGAUCAUCAGUUUUACUUCAAUGUUUCAACAAGUGCAGGUGGAAGAUGGCCUUUUCCAGAUGGUGGCAGAACAAUGUUCAUUUCUCUUGCAGUGUUAAUGAUGCUUCUGAUGAUUCUCUAG